AUGACUUCCAAUCAAGACGAAGAGGACGAUUAUAUGUCCAUGGUGAUUGAGGAGCCUACCCAGAAAGAGUCAUUUACCCAGCGAAAACGCAGAGAACAACGCGAGGCCGAAGCUCGCGGCAGAGUCCCUUCCAAAGCUGAACGAGCUGCGCUUGAAGCUUCCCGUCGCGAUGAAGCCCUUGCAAAGAGUACGCUGGACCCCACGAACAAGGGCUUCAAGAUGAUGGCGAAGCUGGGUUUCAAGGCUGGAGAUGCUUUGGGAAAACGCGACUCGGAUACACCGCCGGACGGAAAGCUUGACGCGACACAACGCCUGAUGCAGACGCGUGCGGAACCCCUGAAUCUCACAUUAAAGGAUGGCCGGGGUGGUAUUGGUUUGGACAGUGAGAAGAAGCGCAAGAUUCGCGAGGAGGCCGAGGAAGCUACGAAGAAGAUUAAGCGGGAAGAAGGUGAUUAUCGCGAUAGAGUGCGGGAAGAACGCGAGCUACGACGGACUGAGGGACAGGUGCGUGCUGCGCAGAAGGUUGCUGAACGACUGGAUCUGGAUGCGGAGAAUGAGAAUGAGAACGAGGACGAGACUUCCAAGGACGGAGAGUCUCAUCCUGAGCAGGAGGAUGAGACAUCGGACCCGAAACCUAGGCCUAAGCGUGUGAAGCCGACUUCGCAGGUUAGUGUGCUUUACCGUGGGUUGGUCAGGGAGUACGAGGAGCGCGAACGGGAGAAACAGGCUCGACAGAUUCUUCAGACUUCGCUUCCUUCGUCGUUUUUCCGGAACUCGAAAUUGCCUGGCUAUGACGAUGGUGAUUUGGAGCAGGAAGAUAAACAGGCGAUUGGGAAUCAGUCGGGACCUUAUACGGCAGCGUUGGAACAAGAGGUUGAAGAAGAGGAUCCGGAGUUGGAUGCCUUCAAUGCUUUGCCAGCCUCAGAACGCCUUGAAAAACUGGUGCUACACCUACGUGAAACAUACCGGUAUUGCUUCUGGUGCAAAUUCCGCUACGAGACCGAUUUAGAACUGGACGGUUGCCCCGGUUUAACGGAGGAGGAUCAUGAUUGA